GUCGGUUGUCGAGGUCUCCCCAUACGGUCCCAGUCACCACAAAUUCAAGCAGCUAUGUCGUUCGCAGGAAGACGCAGGGGAAAUAAGGCCAAAAAGGGUGUCCAGUUCACCUUGAUGGUCGUCGGUGCUUCUGGUACAGGUCGCACCACCUUUGUGAAUACCCUCUGCGAGUCCGAAGUUCUUCAUCACAAGGUAGCGGACAAUGCAACUACCGCACACAUUGAAGAAGGGAUUCGAAUCAAGCCCGUCCCUGUCGAAUUGGAGGAGGAAGGCGUUCGAAUUGCUUUGACUGUCGUAGACACCCCCGGCUUUGGCGAUAAUAUCGACAACGAAUUCGCCUUUCAGGAGAUUGUUGGGUACAUCGAGCGCCAAUACGACGAUCUUCUUGCAGAGGAGUCCCGCAUCAAGCGUAAUCCCCGUUUCAAGGACAACCGCAUCCACGCCCUUCUCUAUUUCAUCCCUCCCACCGGCCACUCUCUUCGUGAGAUGGACAUUGAGUUGAUGCGUCGUCUGUCUCCCCGCGUCAACGUCAUUCCUGUUAUUGGCAAGGCGGAUUCGCUUACUCCUAGCGAGCUCAAGGGCUUCAAGAAGAGGAUUAUGGAAGACAUCGAGUACUACGAUAUUCCCAUCUACAACUUCCCUUACGACGUGGAAGAAGACGACGAGGAGACCAUCCAGGACAACAGCGAGCUCCGAUCCAUGCUUCCUUUCGCCAUUGUUGGUUCGGAGGAGGAGAUUGAGAUUGACGGACAGCCUGUUCGGGCUCGCAUUUACCCAUGGGGCAUUGUCGAAGUUGACAACCCCAAGCACUCGGACUUCAGCCGACUUCGUUCCGCCCUUCUGAACUCUCACCUUGCGGACCUCAAGUCCUUGACCCACGAUGUUCUCUACGAAACAUACCGUACUGAGAAGCUCUCGAGAACUGUCAAUGCGGACUCGGCGGACAGCUCCUUGCUCCCCGAGGAACUCGCUUCUCAAAGCGUUCGCCUCAAAGAAGAACAACUCCGCCGGGAAGAAGAAAAGCUUCGGGAAAUCGAACUCAAAGUGCAAAGGGAGAUCAACGAAAAGCGACAAGAGCUGUUGGCCAAAGAAGAAUCUCUCAGGAAUUUGGAGAGCCGUCUCGCUGCUCAGGCCUCUCAAGGCGAAUUCCGAGAUUGAAGAACGACUUCGCCCUGUUAGCCUUUCCGACCCUACUAUAUAUACCCUUGUCUUCUGUGUUCUGGGACCUUUUUCACUACCUGACAUUCUAGCAUUCCGGUUACAGGAACCGUCACUCGUUUGUUUUUCGCGUUGACUCUGUUAGUUUCUCGAUAAUUGCCACUUUCCUUGCGUUAUACCGUUCCUUGAUUCUUAAUAGUCUUUCAUGUUAAUUAAACAGCACUGGAAAUGCUUGGUGAUUGGAUAUACCAAGCUUUUCCCCAGUACACCCUAUCUCU